AUGGCAGUCGUCGUCGCAUUUAUUUCCUCUAUACUCGACCUCGUUCAGAUGCUAGUAAGAGGAUCUGCCGCCGUCGAUCAAGCUCUCGAUCUGAAUUCUGUUUCCGGCCUGAUCAUCGUCCGCGAAGUGGGGUUUUCACUAUCAUUUGGAUUGCGCUUCCUAUUCUAUUGGGGCUUUGUUGCCAGCCCACCUCCAGGCGAAAUCCGUCCAAGCGACAAGGCAAUGCAUAAUGGUAGUUGGGGUCGAUGGGGGGCAUUCGGCAUAUUCCUCGAAAUGCUCACCCUGACACUGACCUUGACAGAUCCUGUGCUCCAGAUCCUGUAUCGCAACAUUAACGCGCUCCACGAGGUUGAGCCUUUGUACGAAGUAGAGGCCGCGAUUCAAAUAGUGCUAUCGGCGAUAUUCCUUCUGAAGCUGCUACUCAACUGUUGGGUGGGGAUGUUAGCCAACCCCAGUGUCGUUCCUACUAGAAAGAAAUUGCUUGGCUAUUCGGCACCUAUAUCUGCCUUAUCCCUGAGUAUCUUAAUAGGCAUCGGUAAUGUCGCUAUGUUCGAGUUUACGGAAACAGUUCUCGGGCGCUUUAUGCAAGCUGUGGAAUUCUAUAUUCUGAUUGUGUAUAUGCUCACCAGUGCUUUCUACCACUUGCGCCGGCCCUCGUGGUCUACUUCAUCUUCCAUUGAUGCCACCAUGAUUCGCCGCAAGAGCUCGUUCCGAGGUCUACCAGAAAUGAAGGCACAUGAUCUUUCCCUCCGCAUUACUCCCCCUGUCAUCGUCUCCCCCGAUUUGUUGUCGGUUGUUGGUCAAAACGUCCAUGGAAGCAGUCAGCGCCCGUCGUUGAUGCAACGUUUUUCUGCGUCUUCUCGGCUCUCCACAUGGUUGAAUAUGCGCAGAUAUUCUGGCCGCCCCUUCGCACCACCCUCUCCAACACAGGACCAAGUUCGUCUAUGGAGUCAAGAUCAAGCUGAGCGAGGGUACUCUCCUGAUGGUCGUGACAUUGGUGGGGGUGUUCCAGACUCUGCUAUUGAUGUGGACACCACCAAAUCAUUCAACCAGAGCUUAGGCCAACCCUUGCAAAGUGCCAAAUGGCAAGAUCCUGUGUAUACUUCCGUAAUAGAUACGCUGCGGGUGUCUAACAAAUCCCCAUCAUCGAAUUCUGCUCUAGUAACAGGGCGAAGUGCUGAAUUGCACAAGUUGUACAACUUAGCUAUCCCGCCCCCGACACAUCCUCGUCAAAUGGGGAUGGAACCAGUAUAUGUCAUAUCCCCAGUUUCUCCCUCGGCAUAUGGAUCCCCAACGUCUGCGUAUGGCUCACCGGUACCUGGUCCUGAUGAUGGAGGUAUCGAAGGGAGGUUCCUGAAUCAGCUUCGUCUCCAGCCUACGCCGACUGGACUUGACUCCGCUCGAUCAUCCCGUAUCUCGGAACUCAUUCGUCAACAAGCAGAGCUUGACCAAUCCAUCGCUGCGCUGCGUGUAUUAUCCCCUUCAAACGAAACUUUCGAUUUGGGUGGGCUUUAUAUUUCUGACGAUCGUAAGGAUCGCUCUGCGGAUCGUACAACGCGAUCAACGACACAGAGCGAUCUCUCACUCAGCAACUUCCCUGCUCCGCCUCAGGGGCGUUCUAGUAUCGGAGCCGAUAUGCCUUCGGUCGUCAUACAACCGAAUUCAGCUGCAGGUGCCUCACAAAUUGAUAGCGAUGGUCCCAUACGGCCUUCCUCCCAUGUUGAAAUUCCAAACUUACUUCUUGCCACGGACCAAUACGGGCGUCGAAAUAACGGGAGUCCACCUUCAGUCAUAGACAUGGACACCGCGAUGAAUAGUAAUCGACAUCGCAUAGACUCUGGAGGAACGCAAUACGAGAUCACGUCUUUUAUUGGCGGGCUUACACAUACAGAACAUUCUGAGCCUGGCUCAUUUUCAUCUGCCUCAAUUCUCAACAACUCGGACGAGGGUCAUCUUCCUCCUCCGAGGUUCCCAAUCUCGCAUGUGCCGUCAGAUAGCUUUGGAUCGCUUGCUUCCAGAUGUAGGUCCCCACUGCGCCCGGCAGAUACGAUCAGAGAUGAGCACCUUAGGCCAGCGGCGCCAAGCAGUGAGAAUGCCGGACGAACAUUCCAAGCUGCUGAUCGUCGAUUCACCAGGCCUGUCGGAUUGCCUCCCCGGCCACGACUUACUGCCGCAGAUAUGAGCCCUGCUACCGAGAAUCCGGCCCCCAUAUAG